UAAUAAAAGUAAAUAUGUGCAUUGAACGUGAAUAUUCUGGACUUCGACCGGAAUUAAAUCAGAGAAUUACGGAAAUGAUUCAAUGUCGUUUGCAUAAUGACAUGUAUAAUAAAAAUUCUUCUUACGAUACAACACUUCAGAUACUUUGGAAUACACCUAUUGAAUUUUACCCUAACCAAAAUUAGAAAACGUUAUUUAUUAUUCAGCUGGAUUUCUGAUCGCCCUUACUCUCCUUACAAUUGUCGUCUCAUGUGAGCCAGUGAGAUAUUACAUCAAGUUUACUACUUUUAUAACAAGCGCUGCCAUACCAGCAACUCUACAUUUACCUUUCAUGCUCUUACGAAUCAGGGAUUGGAGAAAUGCAUUGUUUUCAGCAUGGUGUGUAAAGAAGGUGUUAGAAUUUCUAGGAGUGAGAUUUCGUGUUCGUGGGAAAGAGAAUAUUGUUAAAGAUUCGGGCAGCAUCGUGUUAAUCAAUCAUCAAAGUAUAUUAGAUUUAUGUGUUCUAGGUGAAUUGUGGCCAGUACUGACAAAAUGCACGGUUAUUGCCAAAAAAGAAAUUCUAUAUUUUGGACUAUUUGGCUUAGCAUCUUGGCUCUGGGGAACGAUCUUUAUUAACAGGCAAAGGGGCGAAGAAGCUCAAAAUGCUAUUAAUGCGACAGCUAAGUGUAUUAAGGAUUUAAAAGCAAACCUCUUAAUAUUUCCGGAAGGCAGUCGACAUUCUGGUUCUACGUUACUAGCAUUUAAAAAAGGCGCCUUUCACUUAGCCAUUGCGUCCCAAAUGCCAAUACAACCCAUUAUUGUUUCAAAGUAUUAUUUUCUCAGUUCUAAAUUAAAGAUAUUUAAUUCAGGUGUGAGUUAUAUUACCAUUUUGCCAGCUAUCUCUACGAAAGGUUUAACGAAAGAAGAUCUCCCGAGGCUUAUGGAAGAUACAUAUCAAGUUAUGAGCAAAAGCUUUUUGGAAACUUCGAAGGAAGCAAUAAAUGAAUACGUUGAUUGUUUAAAAGAUGAAUAAGAAAGAAUGCUACUCUGUGAAUAUUUAAUGUUAUUAAUUUGAUUCGUACAAAUACCAAAAUUAUUCGAAGUCUAUUAAAAUUUAAAAAUUUCACA